AUGGCCUGGAAGUCCGGACCUGAAAAACCAGCGGAAAACACGAGGCUUCAGGGCAAGGUGUGGGACUAUGGUGAAGGGCGGCUCGCCCGGGUCGCCAGCCCUGCGGCUGCGGUGUCUUCCACCCCUGAAUCUGCCUUAGAUCAUGAGAACUGCCAAGAAGACAGAGCACAGGAAGAAGUGCCAUUGGUCAGCAAUCCCCAGGACAGCAAGUGUUUGUUGUUUCAGAAGCUGGUGAUGUUUGAGGACAUAGCUGUGUACUUUACCCAGAAGGAAUGGAUGUGUUUAAUUCCUGCUCAGAGGGACCUCUAUAGGAAUGUGAUGCUGGAGAAUUAUCAGAAUUUGCUUUCUCUAGAUCCAGGUGUUAGAACCAAGAUUGGGGAUGAAAAAUCAACUGAAAAACUAAUGUUUGAAAAUAAGGAGGCACACUGGGUCAUGAAAAGUACCCAGAAGAAUCAGUGUGGAAAAUCCAUAGGAGAAACACUGAAAAAUAAGAAUGAAAAUUCUAGGAAGGUGAAUGACAAAGCUAAGAAAAUUAUGAUGGAUGUGUCAGAACUAAAAGGUAAAGAUCUAAAGGAAAGUUUGACUGAAAACUUGGAAUAUGUCAUAUGUAAGAGAGUUCCUAAUGGGUGUAGUUUCUGUGAAUGUAGCACAGGUUGUGAAAAUACCUGUUGGCAGUCAGACCUUAUUCUUCAUGAGGAAAUGCAUGUCAAAGAGAAAGCUUGUGAAUGUGAUGAAUGUGGAAAAGGUUUCAGGGUGUCCUCAGCUCUUACCUUACAUAAAAGAAUCCACAGUGGUGAGAAGCCUUACACAUGUGAUGACUGUGGGAAAGCCUUCAGCCAGAGCUCUGCCCUAACCCAACAUAAAAGAAUCCACAGUGGGGAGAGACCAUAUAUGUGUGACCAGUGCCACAAAGCCUUCAAUGGGAGCUCAGAUCUUAUUAAACACAAGAGAAUUCACACUGGAGAGAAACCUUAUGAAUGUGGGGACUGUGGGAAGUCCUUUAGGAAUAUCUCGGCCCUCACUGAACAUCACCGAAUCCAUACUGGAGAGAAACCUUUCGAAUGUAAUGAAUGCUGGAAGGCCUUCAGUAGCAGGAAUUGUCUUACCAUGCAUCAGAAAAUUCACACUGGGGAGAAGCCUUAUGAAUGUAGUGAAUGUGGCAAGGCCUUCCAGUUUAGGCACUGCCUUACCAUGCAUCAGAGGAUCCACACUGGAGAGAAACCCUAUGAAUGUACAGAGUGUGGGAAGGCCUUUAGUGGUAGUUCAGACCUUACCAAACACAAGAGAAUCCACACUGGAGAAAAGCCUUACCAGUGUGCUGAGUGUGGGAAGGCUUUCAGUUGCAGCUCUGACCUUACCAAACAUAAAAUAAUUCACACUGGGGAGAAACCAUAUAGUUGUAAUCAGUGUGGAAAGGCCUUUGGUGGGAAGUCAGACCUUACCAAACAUAAACGAAUCCACACUGGGGAGAAGCCUUAUGAGUGUCAAGAGUGUGGAAAAGCCUUCAGUUAUAGCUCAGGCCUUAGACACCACAAGAAAGUCCAUAAUGGAGAGAAACCCUUUGAAUGUAAUGAGUGUGGGAAGACCUUUCAUCAAAGCUCAGAACUCAAUGUACACAAAAGACUCCACACGGGAGAAAAACCAUAUAAAUGUGAAAAGUGUGGGAAAACUUUCAGGGUGAGCUCAGAUCUCAAUGGGCAUAAAAUAAGAAAGCAUACUAAGGAGAAAUCCCCUGAGUUUGCAGAUGAAAAAUCAUUGAGUCCAAUAUGCUUUCCUCAACCUUAUGCACAUCUACCUCCUUGCAGCAGUUGA